AAUUGUUCUCAAAGAUUUGGAAUUCCGUGAUAUACAUUCGGCACUUCUAGUUAACCGAGAAUGGUGUCGGGCUGUCGUUCCAAUUUACUGGAGUGCUCCAUUUAGUUUUACCCACAAAAGGAGUAUGACCGCAUUAAAGAUUUAUGAAAUGUUUCUUGAACAGGGAAGUAGUACGUCUGCACAGAGUGAAGCUCAAAAGGUUCUACCAUUUUUCGAUUAUCCAUCAUUUAUCAAAGAACUCAAUUAUACGAGUUUAUUGGCUUGCAAAGGAGUAUAUGAAAGAAACAAAACAGUUGAAUCAAUACUUCAAAUGUUAACAGACCGUGAAAUUCGUCUGGAAGCUUUAAUUAUGGAGAAUACCGGUACAAAUAACGAAAGAGCUUAUGGGUUAUGGACAACACCAUGCUAUGCCCCAAUAUUCAUCAUUGGCAAAAAAUUGCAAGAAACUGGUAUGUUUGUACUCAAAC